AUGAUAUAUUUCUGCACUAAAUUGUUAUAUAAAGGAAAAUAUAUACCUGUUGGUAGAAGAAUAUAUAGAGAAACAUUGAUAAAAGGAAGAAAACAAAAAUCUCCCAUAAUUUUAUUGCCUCCUUAUAUAUCUAUUCACGAAUUACGUCUUAUGCUAAAUAUAAAUUAUGAAACAUGUUUUAAAGCCGCUAAUGUAUAUAAAAAUGGAAAUAAAUAUACUUGGAAAGAUUCAGAUGAUAGAAUAUUUCAAACAGUUAACAAAAGAAAUGUUAUUAUACCAUACAGUGUCGCUGCUUAUGUUAGUAAAAUUUUUAAAUUUAAACCAAAACUUAUUGAAGUGGAACUGUUAUGUGAAGAAGAAAAUAGACAUGAAAUGGUUCUUAAAGAUAUAUAUAAAAAAACAUACUCUAUGGAAAGAUAUUAUGAAAGUAAAUUGAAACAACAUAGUAAUGUAAAAACAAGUCAAAAAACAAAUAUAAAUAGUAUAUGUAAUAAGAAUAAUUUAAAUAAAUCAUUUAUUAAAGAUGAUAUACACAAUGAACAUAUUUUUUCAUUAUUACCGAAUGAAUAUAGUAAAACAUUUGGUGAGAAAAAGAAUUAUUAUACUGUUAUAUCUGUAAUAGGUCAUAUAAAUCAUGGAAAAACUACAUUAUUAGAUAAAAUAACAAACAAUAAUCUAGCAUUAAAUGAAGCUGGUUGUAUUACACAAAAUAUAAAACCAAUACACUUUGAACAAGGAACAUUUAAAUUUACUUUUCUUGAUACUCCUGGUCAUAAAGUAUUUCAAAUAUUCAGAGGAAGAGCUGCUUUUCUUUCUGAUAUUUUAAUUAUAUUAAUUUCAUUAGAAGUGGGAGCGGAGAUACAAACUGAAGAAGCAAUUAAAUAUGCUGAUAAAUUUAACAUUCCUGUUAUUUUUGCUUUAAAUAAAGUUGAUUUAUAUAAGGAAAAUGAAUCUAUAGUAAAGGCUGAGUUAAAAAAUCAAUGUAGAAAAAUGUAUGAUGAAGGCAAUUUAAAGCAUAACUUUUCCAGUGAAAUUGAUAAUUCUAUAAGCAUUUCAUCAUUAACUGGUUAUAAUUUGAAUAAAUUAAUUAAUAGAAUAUUUUUCAUUUCCCAAAAUAUAAAUAUUCCUUAUCAUAACGUAAAUGAUUUUUAUAAUAAUUAUGAUUCUAUUAAAAAAAGCUAUACACUUAAUUAUAAUAGUAAUAGUUGUCAGGAAAAUAUUAAAGAUAAAACAAAAAAAGAAAUGAAUAAUUAUGAUACAAGUUUAUUGCAAAAAUAUAUUCGAAAAUCAGAUUUUUUAUUAGCUUUGGAUAAAAAACCAUUUGGUAUGGGAAUUGUUGUGGAUAUAAGUAAGGAUUCUAGUAAAGGAACAAUUUUGAAUGUAAUUGUAAGAAAUGGUUUUUUUAUUGAAGGAAAUUAUUUUAUAUGUGGUUCUGCGUAUGGUAAAAUUCAGAAAAUGUACAAAUUUAAUAGUAACUUUAAAGAAUAUUGUACUUAUGCUUCUAUUGGAAUGGCAGUGCAAAUUUCAGGAAUUAAAAAAUAUGGAAAUGCAACAACAGAUGAUUUAAUUUUUACCCUACCUCAAAAUAAUGCUUUCAGAUUAUGUCAAUAUAGGCUUAUGGUAGAAAAAUUAAGCACUUUGCAAGUUAGUGGAAAAGAAAUUAAAGUUUCAUGGGAAAAUGAUAUGAAAAAAAAUGAAUUUCAUGGGGAAGGUAUUUACGAAAACAGAAUGGAAAUGUCUGAUAAAAGAAAAGCCAUUGAAGAAUUUGGAGUAGAAAAUGAGAAAAUAUUUAAUGAUGUAUCUGUGGAAGAAUUUCACAAAAGUAAUACUCAGUUAAGAAAAGAAGAAAAUGAAUCAAUAGAAAUCGAACUAGAAGAAAACUAUAAAAAUGAUAAUUUAAAACAUAAUAAAAAAAAAAAAUUAGAAAGUAUUCUUUCAGAAGAUGAUAAUAGUGGAAGUAUUUUAAUACCAGAAGAUAACACAUUUUUAUUUCUUAAAGAUUCAAAAACAAAUGAAGAAUUUAAUGAAGAUUAUAACUUAUCUAAAUUUACGAAACAUAAAGAUAGUAAUAUAAUUCAGGAAUUUUAUAAUUGUAAUCAGAUUGAAAAUACUAAAAAUUAUAAAGAUAAUGAUUAUAUAAAAAAUGACUCUCGUAAUUUAAUGAACAUUAAUUCUUUAGACCAUAAUGAAUCUAAAUUUAAAAAUAAUUCUUAUAUUAACAUAAACGAUAAUUACAUGGAUAAAAAUAAUAAUAGUAAAAAUGAUGUAGAAGAUAAUUAUGACCAUUGGGAAACUAAUAAUCAUUAUCUACAAAAUAAGAAAAACCAUGAAGAUGUAAAUAAUUACGAAAGUAAUAAUAUAUUAGAAAAAGAAGAUAAGAAAGAAAUCAAAAAAGAAGAAGAAAAAAAUAAAGAAAGUAUUUAUACUAAAUGUACAAAUAUUCCAUUUAAAGAAAAGUUAUCAAUAACCGUCCGAGGGAGAAAAAACAAAUAUAGGAAGGGUCUACGCACAUUUGAUGACACAUCAGCAAUUAAUGAAAGCCCUGAAAACCCAACAUAUGAGAAUGAUAACGAAAAUUCCAGAAAAUUGAAUGAACCAUGGUAUUAUGAAGAAAGCGAGGAAAGUUGGACAAAAAAAGUAUUGCAGAGAAAUAAUGAAUUAAUGGAAAGAUGGAGAAACAAGACAAAACAGAGAGAAAUUGAGAAGGAAAGACAAAUUUUUUAUGAAAAACAAAUGAUAUUGAAAAACGAAAUUAUGAAGAGAAAUCUUCUAGGAGAAGAGAAACUAACAGAAGAGGAAAUUAAUGCAUAUCUAUAUGAUAAAAAAAGUACAAAAGGAGCUUCUGUAGAUACACAAGCAAAUGAAGAAAUUAAAUUACCAAAAAAAAAUCGCCCUGUAAUACCUAUUAUAAUAAGAACUAAUUAUGUUGGAAUGUUUGAUAUUUUUUUAGAUGAAUUUGAAAAUAUUCAAAAUAAAUAUAAUGUAAAAAUAUCAAUUGUUCAUGGUGGUAUAGGACCUAUAACACCAAAUGAUGUUGUACAUGCUGAAGUAGAAAGUAAUUAUGGCUACUGUUGUAUUUAUGCUUUUCAGGUGAAAGUACUACCUGAUGCAGUAAAGCAGGCAGUACUCUCAAAUAUAGUAAUUAAACAAUUUGAUGUCUUUACAGAUUUAGUAGAUGAUGUUGUUAAAAGAAUUAAAAAUAUAAAAUCAUUAAUUACACACAAUAUGUAUGUGAGAAGUCUUAAAAGUGAAAAAUCACAGGAAGGAAUAUAA